CUUCCUCUCCCUGGCAGCCAGAAAGUCGUUUACUUGCAAGAAAGGUGUCUCCUACUGAUUCCCUUCCUCUUCUGGUAUUAACCCUCUUUCUUCUCCGUCUCUUCUUUCCAUACACAUCUCUCAACUUGAUUCAAUCUCGGUGUUUUUUGCGUUUUUUAGUUGGCGAAGGAUCUCCUUAUAUUCAUUAAUUUGAGAGUGAUUCUUGACUCUUUCUACGAACUGACGCUAAGAUCGGUGGAUCCUUUAUCCAGUGUGUGAAGUUGCUUUCAUCUGAGGCAUGUGGCUCAUACUUACUGAAUUAUAGAGAUAUGGUGUUUGCCUGAGGCUUCUUGUUUAGCUGAAAUACAUAGCUGGGAGUUAUGACCAUUCAAAAGAAUCAGAAUUCAGUGUAACAGUUUUGUUUGUCUGUCAAAACAUGUUCAAUGGAUCUUUUAGGGGGAAUCUUAGUUCCAUUUUUUAUGAAUAUUAAUAUUCAAGAGAGAGCCACUCAUGCAAACCUACUUUCAAGUUUCUAGGCAUUCAAGGUUUUCUGGCACUUGGCAGCUUCUUGAACUCUUUUAAGUGUAUCAGAAUGGAAAGCUAAUGGAAUAAAUUGCUCGAAUUACCACUGCAAUUUGGUAAAGUUGUCUACAUUUCAGUUUUUUACUUUUUAUAUCCCAAAAUGAUUAUUUGAGUGUGUAUAUGGUGCUCAGAGUUGGAGACUUUGUGUCAGAGGUCUUAGCAACUAUUUAUGGAUGCUUGAAGAUUUUUGAAAUCCAUCAUAUGAAAGCUAUAAAUGAUGCUUUCUGGGAGAAUUCACGGGAACAAGGACAAUCUAAGUUUAAAGUGGAAACAGAAGCAACAAAACACAUUGGAGUUUGAAAUAUCAACCCUUGCCCUUCUUUCUUUCUUCUUCUUCUUCCUCUUUUUUUUUUUUUUUGGGCGAUGCAUUGUUUUGCUUUCUGAGAGUCAUAUUUCUGGAGAACAAGAUUUGAUUGAUUUGAAUCCUGAACCUGGUAGACUAAAAUUUAGUUUCUUGAGCUUGGAUUACUGUUUAGCUUUAAAUUUCUAGGUCCAUUAGUAGUAGCCUUCAUGGUAGAAAUGUUUAUUUCUCAUUGUGCCUUCAUGCUCAAUUAUGGGACAUUAAUAGGACGCUGGGUGACUUAUUCUUACUAAAAGGCAAUUUUCUAAGGGCUAAUUUUUCUAGGCACUGAGCUUAUUCUCUUCAUAAUCUUGUGUUAAAUUGAGUCUAGUCAUUUUCAGAAUGGAGAAAAUCUACACUUGUUGGAGAAAAGUAAUUAUUUUAGUACAUUGAAAAACGGACCUGGAACUAUCCAUUGAUUUGUGAAACUAGUGUGGGCUCUUAGGCAUCCGUCCCCCUUCAGAAAAAAG